CUUUCACACACACACAGAGUUUCGCCGUCCUUCCCUGACACGCCUUGCCAUGCCGAUCUUGAGAUCUGGUGUGAUGCGGUUUGCCCGACUUCCAACCCGCAUGCCCCUGGUGGGUGAGCCUCGACAACGCUUUGUGCUUGUUAUUCACGGCAGCCUCACUUCUUUGCGAUGCCAAGUACGCGGCUGCUCCGCUGAGGCAAGCGCGCAAGCAGAGAAGCAGGACUUUGGAGCCCCGCUGCUGUCGCCGAUACCUCCACCCAUACAGCCAGUCUUGUGGGGCACCAGCAUGAAGGCCCUCGUCAAGACAGAGCGCUCUGGUGGACUCACGCUGACUGAUGUGCCCAAACCUGCUAUUGGUCCGAAUGACGUCCUCAUUGAGAUCUCCAAGACAGCCAUUUGUGGGACAGAUGUGCAUAUCUACGAUUGGAAUGACUGGGCAAAGCGCACUAUUCCAACACCGAUGGUUGUUGGGCACGAGUAUUGCGGCACUAUCAAAGAGAUGGGUUCAGAAGUGACUGGCCUCGAAAUUGGCCAGAGAGUCACUGGAGAGGGUCACAUCACCUGUGGCUUUUGCCGCAAUUGCCGAGCUGGGCGGCGACAUUUGUGUCGCGAGACCGUCGGAGUUGGAGUAAAUCGACCAGGGGCUUUCGCUGAAUACUUGUGUCUUCCCUCAAUCAACGUCUUCAAGCUCAGCGACAAUGUGUCGGAUGACAUUGCCAGCUUUAUGGAUGCCCUGGGCAAUGCAACGCAUACAGCUUUGUCCUUCAACUUAGUGGGCGAAGAUGUCCUGAUCACUGGUGCAGGGCCUAUAGGUGUAAUGGCCGCCGCUAUUUGUCGUCACGUGGGGGCAAGACAUGUUGUGGUCACUGACAUCAAUGACUAUCGACUGAACCUUGCGGUGAAGUGUGGUGCUACCAAAGCCCUGAAUGUAAGCGGCGGUGAUGCGACGGAGAAAUUGCGGAAGGUCAUGAAGGAACUGAACAUGACAGAGGCCUUGUCAUCAAGGGAAUCUACGGCCGGGAGAUGUUUGAAACCUGGUACAAAAUGCAAAGCAUGCUGGUGGGUGGACUUCAAGAGAAGAUUAUGCCUGUCAUCACGCACAGGUAUGAUGUCGAUCAGUUUGACGAGGGCUUUUCAGCCAUGCUCUCCGGACAAGCGGGUAAAAUCGUUCUGAACUGGAAAUAGCGUUUGUAUGCUAUGUACCUGUACAAAGUGCUGUUUUGCAGCAUGAGAAGCAUAGAAGCUGCUUCUUUGCGCUUUCGUGCAUGAUGAGCUCCAAAAACACAGCAAGAUCUGUCAGGCUGUUUGAAUUGUUGAAGGCUGACCACGAACAGAGAUCGCGACCCUGAAACAAACAACUGGUAAAGCUCAAAGCACCAUAGCCCGGAGCCUGAGCAUCAUUCGCAAAACUGGGCCCAUCGUAGAGAUUGCAAUACCUAAAGCACAUUUGGUGCUUUCCUUUGUGCCUUUGGCAAACAAGAGGCAUCCUGUCAGUCAGGUUGCG